AAACAAAAUAGACGAAAUACAAAUACGUUUCUAGCAACUGUAUUUAUUCAGGUAUUUUAUAUUUAUUUUUUAAAUUAUAAAUACCUUAUAUGAAAAAUCGCGCGUAUUUUCAAAAUCUGUGAUUCUUGAAUUAAAAGUAUCUGACCUCUAGUGUUUGCAGAAGAAAUGUGAUUUUAUUGUGAUAAAAUAAUUCACUAUCAUCAAAUGCAUCUAUAUUACUAUUAUUAUUAUUAUAAUAAAUAAAAAAUAACAAACAAGUGAAUCAAAUGAAAAUGUGGUUUUAAGUAUAAAAUUUUUUUUUGUGUUUUUUCAACGUGGAUAAGAAAAAUUUUUAUGGUGUUCAUUAAUUCGAAAGUGACUUUUGAAUCUAUUUAAAAGUGUUAUUAUAGCUAAACAUUUAUAAAACCUCCUCGAUCCUGACGCCUCGUAUAGGGGUCAAUUUUGUCGGCAUUGGCAGCUAGCAGCUGUUUGCUAAACCAUAAAAAUAAUUAUUGCUACACUUUAAAAUAGAUGGCUUUAAAAACUAUAAAUUACAAAAAAUAUAAAAUAGGUUUUUUUGCUUCUUAAAAGGUCUAUUAGUGUACCUAUUAAAAAAUUAUUCCAAUAGCAAAAAAAAUGAUGCCUCGAGACUGAGGAGGAUAAACAUUUUUAUAAUUGAUAAUAAUUAUAAUUAAUCAGAAAUAUUUGAUUGCAGUAACGUUUCUUAAACGUGUUCACCCAUUAAAAGUAUUAUAACAAUUAUUGAUACACUUAUGUACAAAACUUGAACGAGAAUUAAUAAAAUAAAUCAGUAAAAAUAAUUUAUUGUAAAAACUUCUUUUUUCUAUUUUAAUCAAGUAGAAUAUUCGUUGAAAAAAAUUGAGAUUUUGUAAAUAAUUAUUUUAUUUUUAUCUAUACAGUAGGUGAAAAAGUAAAUAAAUUACAUAUAUGAAAUAAGUCACUGUUCUAAUUAAUUAUUAUUUUAUUAUUAAUACUUAUAAUGUGGCUCAAUAAAAGUAAAACUCCAAAGCUAUUAUUAAAAAAGAGCGUCAAGUAAAGAAUGAUAUCGAAAAUAGCAGAAAUUUAACAAUUUUAUUGUUUUUUUAAAUAAAUUAUAUAACAUUAAAAAAAAAUUUUUAAAAUAUGCUCACAAGAAAAAUAAAAAGUCCUUUAAUGCAUUUUUAUAAUAAUAUUAAAUUUUUUUCUUAAAAGAAAAAAAAAAAUAGUUAAUUGUCUGUUGGUUUCAUUGUCAUAAAAAAAAUUUAAUGUUGAGCAAAAAAAUAACUAGAAAAAAUAAUAAUGAAAAGCUGUAGGAUUUUCAAGUAGAUAGAUUUUGAAUUUUUUUUUUUUGUAUAUAAAUCUAUAUUAUAAAUUAAAUUUUUUUAUCUGAUGCUAAUCUGGCCAGUUAAUAAGGCAACAAUUGCCAAUUGUGUUUGUAAGUUGAUGACUAGAUUAACCUCAUUAAUUAUAAUUAAAUUUAAAGUUUUUAUAUUUAAUCAUUCUCACUAUAAAUUAAUGUCACUUAAAAUAUUUGGAAUCAUUUUAAUUUCGUUAUGAUACUUACGAAAUUAUAUAUUUUUAAUAUUAACUAAAAAAAAAUUUUAUUAUUUCGAAAUAGUUGAAAAAUAAUAUUUUUCAAAAGAAAAUAUGUAUGCUAUUAAACGUUAUUGCAAAAAAAUGACGACAGCUUAAAUAUCAAUAAACAAAUAAAAAAAUAUAUAUUUACUGCCUACUCUAAAUUAUGUCUACAUUUAAAUUCGUCCAAUGUUGCUCAAUCAACAUGUUAAGAUUUUUUUUAUUAACGUAUCUACCUUUGGGAAUCUUUCAUCAUUUUAUCAAUCAUCCUUAGCACCAAAUUGUAUUUUUAUUUAUCAUUUUUCACGAACAAAAAUAUAUAUAUUAGGAACGAAAGAAACAACAAUUAUAUUCAAGAUGUUUCCUGUUGAGAUUUGGGAAAUAAUUUUACAAAAAGUUAGCGAUCCAUCAGCUCUUGUUGUUCUUCAAGAAGUUUGUUCAACUUGGUAUUAUAUUAUUGAAAAAAUAAUUAAAAAUUUUAAUUGGAAACGAACAUGUAUACAUGAAAUUGGGCGUAGCCAUGUCCAUGACAUUAUGAUAAAAGCAUUUCCAUCACAUUGUUUAGAUGAUUAUCCAGUUAUAAUAGAUGAAGAUAUCUGGAGAGGAACUUACUAUUCUUUUUCUAAGUGGAUUAUGAUUUUAAAUGCUGAACCUGUAUUAAUGAAACUCGACUUUUCAGAGAAUUCAUCUAUUGUAACUUGUACUGCAACUUCAAGUGAUAAUGUAGCAAUUGGAACCAAUUCAGGAUCUAUAUAUUUUUAUAAUAUUUAUAAUGUAAAUGAACCAUUUUUCGUAGCAAUCCAUGGUGAACCUUUAGAUCAAGUCGAAUUUUGGUAUAAUGACCAACAAGAAAUACUUGCUGUUUCAAAGUCUAAGAAUAAUUCACUAAAAUUUUGGAAUGUUAGCUCAAAGAAAGAAUUAAAAUCUUCUAUUUUAUCAGCACAAUCAAUCUGUGCUGGCUCGAUGUAUAAUUGUUAUUCACAAAAUGAUGAAAUCAUUUUAGAACAUUCGUGGUCAUUAGACGGUAUAAUCUGUAAUACACAUUUACGAUUUGAUCUAGGAGAUGCUACAGCAAUUGGAAUUUAUUUGCGGAAUGCACGACCGUUAUUAUUAUCUUAUAAAAACAACAGUGAAUUAAAAUUAUUUCUUCGACAAGAUAUGGCUUAUGGAUUAUCAAGUAAAUCCGAAAGAGUAUUAAGGACACAUUUAAUUCCUGAUGAUUUUUGUUUAUCAUGUAAAUUUUAUGUAACAUAUUAUAAUGCGAUACUUUUUGUCAUUGGAAAAUAUUUAUUCAUUAGUUUUUCUUAUGACUACAAAAUAUACGAUAUAUUUUCAUAUCUUGAUGGAUGCAUAACAUCAGUAAUUACUCAUGGACAUCUUUUAUUUCUUGGUUUAGAUUCAGGCAUAAUUCAUGUAAUUCAUGCUCCGACUGCUGAUUUUCUCCUGCAUCUUAAUUUCAAUACUAUUAAGACAAAAAGCAUAAGAAUAUCUAAUGAUGAGCCAAUUAUUUCUAUGAAUAUUGCUGAAGCCGAAAAAGAUCCAUAUAUUUUUGUAGCAACUAAAACAAAAAAUUAUCUUGUUAAUUUCAUUUAAUUUAUAAUUUUCAUAAGUAAAUAGUUAGGAAAUAUCAAAUUUUAUUACUAUUAAUGAUAUGUUGAAUGUAUAUGCGUAAAAAAUUAUAAAUAAAUAUUUUCAAAAUAAAAAAUU